AUGGCAUCAGGUGACACAACGAGCUUCCAGCCGACACAACCUGUCCGCACAUCAACAAUCGAUUCCCAGAAAUCAAUCAACUCAUCCUGUCAAAUGUCUCCCACAUCUGCGCCAACUUCGCCAGCUUCACGUGCGUUCUUUGGUGCCAUCACAGAGCGCCUGCGCGAACGCUCACGUAGUCGAACCCACGCAGACGCAUCCCGGAAACGAGCCAAAUCACCAAUGGCCAUGCCGCCCGAACAACUUCCCGUAGCGCAACCACAGCCAGCCCGUCAAGUCUCGCAAGUCGCCGCUGCACAGGCUCCAGCGAAGGCGACAAGACCUGCCCUCCAACACGAUGGGAGGAGAUCCACCUCGUCAAGCUCAUCGAGCGAUCCAUGGCGCGGACGGCAUUCGAACGAAUGGCUUUUCAACGGCUUCUCGGUGAGGGAUACUGCGAAGGGCUAUUUUGAGCGUCGCAAGUAG